AAUUAUGUAUUACUACCAUGUAUUGUUUCAACCACAUUUCCUGUUUACCAGGUGUACACUCACCAAAGUCUGCACUCAUGCAAGCUCAGCUGCUGAACCACUUCCUCAAGAGACCGAAAUUCACAAAAAGAAAAGCAAAACGGUUGUCUUUGUGCCGUACUUAGAGAACCAUAAGAAAUUGCUCAUUUCUUAUCAUUUACACUGGAAAUAAUGAGAGUGCAUUUUUUUUCGUCAGAAUGCAUUUUAAGAUGCAUUUCCUGCAGUGUGUUUUGAUGCUCAACUUUGUAAUAUCUGAUGAUACCCUGGGGUUUAUUGUUCGAGGUCCCUCUGGUCCUCUGGUUGUACCUCUGAGAGGUUCAGUCAUUUUGCCCUGUUAUGUUGAGACGUCUUUAGAAGCAGAAAAAGUGAAAGUUGUGUGGAAAAGAACAGACUCAGAGACUCUGGUUCAUCUGUAUCAAGAUGGUGAGAGUCGAGCAGAGAGACAGCACAAAGAUUAUCGUGGUAGAGCUAAUUUCUUUACUGAUCAGAUUCAACAUGGAAACUUCUCCCUCCGUCUGGACGAUCUGAGAGCUGAAGACAAAGGGGUUUACAGAUGUAAGGUUUACAGUCAGCAGGUUGCAGGGAAAACUUUAGUUGAAAUAAAAGAUGUUGAGCGUUUGCUAGUAUCAGUAUUGAAUCGCUCCAUACCUGCGUCUGUGGGUGAAGACGUUACUCUGAACUGCUCUGUAGACUCUCACAUCACACCUGAACACAUUGAAGAGGUUUCAUGGAAGAAAACAGAUGAAGAUGAAGAUAUUCUGGUUUUGCUCUUCCUAAACAAUAAGGCUUUAUCAGAUUCAUCAGAUGAGCGAUACAGAGACAGAGUUGAGUUCUUCACUGCUGAAAUCCCCAAAGGAAACUUCUCUCUCAGACUGAAGAGUGUCAGAACUGAGGAUAAAGGAGUUUACAUGUGUCAAGUGUUUGCUGGAGGACUCUCAGCCAAUGCUACUGUAGUACUGGUGCAACUGGGUUUCUCUUGGCUACACACAACUGUGUUGAUUCUCUGUAUUAUUGCAUCUGUAUCUGCACUUCUGCUUUGCUGGAUUGUUUACUCCAGAUCAGAAAAUCCAGAGACAAGGCUGUGUCUUCAAGUUUGUCUUUUCCUUUGCCCGUUUAUUACUAUGCUGUUGACUUCAAUCAUCUGGCAUUUUAUUGAAGGUUCUUUGUAUGAGAGCAUCUCUUGCUGUGUGCUCUAUAUUCUGGGGACAUUGAGGUUGUAUUGGGUUACACCAUUAGCCACAUAUUUACCAGAUAAAAUCCUGAGGUAUAUCAUGACUGCACAUGUUGAUCAUGCAGCAUUUAUGACAGUGAUGUCUUCAGUACUUUUAGCUGAACAUUUUGAAAACAGCAGAGUCAUCAGAACAGUCACCAUCAGUUUAAUUGUCCUGAUGUGUCUUCUCUUCAUUAUACAAUUGGCUGAAGAGAAGUUGCUGUCAUGCUCUGGAGAGUUAAGGAGAAGGAUGUACAGAAAAGUUCGAUUCUUUGUUGGCACUUGUAGCUUUUCAUGGCUGCCUUCAUUACAGCUCGCCCUUCUGCUCUACACUCAGUUUCCCACCGAUAAAGUGUUUAUCAUUACAGCUCUUCCAGUACUUCAUUGGUUGCCUCAUUUCUUUUUGAAUAAAAAUACAUGCUGUCUGCGUUGUCUGUACUAUUUAAUAUGGUUAAUGAUGAUUGGGAUGAGUGGAGCAAUGGUGUAUUUUUACAUUGUGCUCUUGAGAAAUGAAAAAGAUGAUGCAGGACUGGUCUGUGUGGCAGGAUUUGUUCAAGCCUUGUGGGUUCUUGCAUUUUCUGAAGUCCCAGUCUAUUAUGAGAAGCUCCGCAUGAGGAAAAUUGUGUUCCUGUAUGGAUCAGCUGGUCUUGUUUUAGUAAACGUGGUUGCACUGAUGACAGAACUGAUAAUGAAAGCAGUUCAUGGUGUACGUCUGGUGGGUGAUUUGAGGGUCAUUGUCUUUCCGUCUGAGUGGCUCUUCACUGUAGCACUGCUGAUUUUAUCCCUCAUUGCAUCCUGUAAACCUCUCAACACCGAGUCUCAGGAGGCUUCUCAGAUGUCGACACGUUAUAAUGGGACUCCUGGUACAAAGCAUGCCAGUAUAGAUAUGAACCAGACGACUGGUGAAUCCGCUGAAAUGGAAACUCUGAGUAAAGCUGUGGACAGUGAGGAGCAUCAAGAAGAGGAGAUCAACUAACAGCAAAGUGAACUGCACUUUCUAAAAGAUCUGACUGAACUUUUCUCACUGGGCAGAGGGUUUUUAAUGGUAUGAGACAUUUCUGAGGGUAAGACAAUCGAACAUGCCAUUUUUUUUUUUUGUCUGCAUAACUAGCAGAUUAGGUGCACGUCAUCAUAUCGAGCUGGAUUAUUUUUUUAUAUCUGCGAUGUUGUGCCAUUGAUAUUGUGGUAUGUUGUUUGUGGCUGCCAAACUAUACUGAAUACUACUUUGAAGUGACUUAAGUGCUUGAAGUGACUCAGAAAUUGUUUAUACCCUCAAACUUUUAUAUUUGCGUGCAUUUAAUAUUUUACAUGUAAUAUACAUGUAAUAUAUAUGUAAAUUAUUUAAUUUAUGUAAUUUGUUAAAAUAGGCUAUGUACUUUCACAUCUUUGUUCUUAUGUUAUUGCUGACUUUUCUUUUAAAGUGCUUGGAGCACUUACAACAAUAUUAACUAAAGUAAUCAGCAUUUUUUUUUUUUUUUUUGAGUAUACUAAAAUGGGUAUUAUUGAGGAAUGUUGUAUUUUACUGUAACUGCAUUGUGACUCUCUUUCAAGGGUUAGGUGUAUGUUCCUGGCUAGAGUAAGCUGCGAAGUGGAUCCAGAGUUGAAUGUAUAGCAUAAUAUGCUCUUCUGUUGCUUUUUUCCACUGACAUUUUCUGUGAAACAAGUUCUACCUUUUCAUUCUCUGUGAGAUGUUUGUUUAUGCACAUUCACUUCUGACAAGAUUAAUGAUAUUCUGCCUUAUUCUUCUGAUAAAUCUGUGUAAGAUAUCAUCUUAAAUGUAAGAAGACAUUUGUUAUACAUGAUAUUGUUAUACACGGGUUUAUUUUAUUAUUCAGGAGUAUUUUGAAAUGUGUUUUUUUCUGAUAUUUUUUAUUUGUUAUAUUUUUGUCCCGAGCACAUGAUCUCAUGUAGUAGUGAUCUGCAUCUCUUGAGAGGUACGUUAGCUCUGUAAAUGACAAUAAAUAUUUUGUAAGAAAGUACAACUUUCUCCAAGAAU